UAAACAUUCAUGGAAUGGGGCUCCAAAGAGAAGUAGAGGUCUUGGUUAAGGAGGUCUUGGUUAAGAAGGUCCAAAUCACAUUCACAAGUCAGCCUCACUUUUGUUUCUGCCGCCUUCACUGCGCCUCUUCCCUGUGGUUUCGCCCUUCAGCUCCUCCCUUCUCUGGUUACUGCCUCCUUUCGGGCUCAGCUGUCCCAAUCAAAGAUGGCGCCACAGGCUUCAGCUCUAGGGGAAAUGAGCUCACGCUACUCCGGAAGGGAAGGCCGGCAGAGCUAGCAGGCGGGUGGGUGUCCGGCUGUGGGUGGGGCGGCGGCCUCAGUACUGGUAUUUACAUUUGGGGGUGUCGAGGGCGCGAGGGGCUCGUCAUCUCCGCGGAAAUCGGUCGAGCAUCAGACCGGGGGCCUCGAAGACCGCCCGGAGCCGCUCACUUCUAGCCCAAGCCCGGCGGCCCCGGAGCUCGUAGUCCUCCCAGCGGCGUCUGCCCCGACCUCUUCGCGGGCUCCGCGCGCCGCCCGGGCUCAGGCUUGGAGCCGUGGUGGGAAUCGCCGAGCUGGCUGGGUGGGCCUCUUCUGAAGAUCGGGCCGAGGACUAGAGAGAGCGCGGCGGGCCGGGCCCCGAGCCCCGAGGUCAGGCCGCCGGCUCCCGGGCCGUGGAUCCCGUCCCUGCCCAGCCUUCCCAGCUGGGGACCAGCGACCUCGCUCGCGCCGCUCGCCGCCCCCCGGAGUGUGGCCCUAAGCCCUCUAGCUGGGUGUUUUGCCCUCCUUGCUCCUGCGUAGAGGGGAAGAGACCGCUGAAGGGUACCUGUUUUCCAUCCUGCCCUCUUCAAAGUUUCAGCCAGUGGGGAUGCCUGUCCUCCUUUUUUGGACCCUUGACAGUUUCCACUCUAGUUGUAGUUUGGUUUAGCAAUAGAGAUCACAUUCAGAUUUUAAAAAGGGGGGAGGUUGGGGAGUACCUCCAAAAUUCCUCUCCAGUCGGUCUCUUGUCCCGCCCGGGAAGGGCAGAUGAACUUUGGAGUUAAGAUGCAAGGAGGCGAGUCGGCGCCGGCCGUGAAGGUCUCGGAGAGUGAGGGAAAGCUGGAGGGCCUGGCCCCAGCGGUGAUCCCCAGCAGGAACGGCGGCAACAGCACCUGCGGAGGUGGGGCGGGCAGCAGCGGUAGUAGCAGCAGCAGCAGCAGCCGCGGUAGCAGUGCGAAAGCUUGGCAGUACAGUGAUCACAUGGAGAAUGUUUAUGGCUAUUUGAUGAAGUAUACUAACCUGGUCACUGGGUGGCAGUACAGGUUUUUCGUUUUGAACAAUGAAGCUGGGCUGUUGGAGUACUUUGUGAAUGAACAGUCUAGAAAUCAAAAACCCAGAGGUACUUUGCAGCUUGCAGGUGCUGUGAUCUCACCCAGUGAUGAGGACUCUCACACUUUCACAGUGAAUGCUGCCAGCGGGGAGCAGUAUAAACUCAGAGCUACAGAUGCUAAGGAACGACAGCAUUGGGUUAGCAGACUUCAGAUAUGUACACAGCACCACACUGAAGCUAUUGGGAAGAAUAACCCUCCUCUGAAGUCACGAAGCUUCUCGCUUGCGUCUAGUGGUAAUUCUCCGAUAUCCCAGAGGAGACCAAGUCAAAAUGCCAUUUCUUUUUUUAAUGUUGGACAUUCUAAACUGCAGUCAGCGAACAAAAGAACUCACGUACCUCCGGACCAUCUUACAGAGGUCAGGGAAAUGAUGUCUCAUGCUGAGGGACAACAAAGAGACUUAAUUAGACGAAUUGAAUGCCUCCCUACUUCCGGCCUUCUUAAUUCCUUGGACCAGGAUCUCUUAAUGCUCAAAGCUACUUCCUUGGCCACCAUGACCUGCUUGAAUGACUGCUUUCAUAUUCUCCAGUUACAACAUGCCUCACACCAGAAGGGCGCAUUGCCUUCAGGAACGACAAUUGAGUGGUUGGAACCAAAGAUACCUUUAUCAAACCACUAUAAAAAUGGAGCCGAGCAGCCCUUUGCAGCUGAGCCAAGUAAGCCCAUGGCAGUCCCAGAAGAGCAGUCUAUGGAAGAAUCUGGACUGUUAGCAAGGGAACCUGAAGAAAUAAACCCAGAUGAUGAGAUAGAGGAUAUGUGUGACAACAAGGAGGAUGACCUGGGAGCUGUGGAGGAGCAACGCAGUGUUAUCUUGCACCUUUUGUCACAGCUUAAGCUGGGCAUGGAUCUAACAAGAGUGGUGCUGCCCACAUUUAUCCUGGAGAAGCGCUCCUUAUUGGAGAUGUAUGCAGAUUUUAUGUCUCAUCCAGACCUGUUUCUAGCCAUCACUAAUGGAACCACACCUGAGGACAGAAUGAUCCGCUUUGUUGAGUACUACCUUACCUCAUUUCACGAAGGCCGCAAGGGAGCCAUCGCUAAGAAACCAUACAAUCCUAUCAUUGGGGAGACAUUUCACUGCUCCUGGAGGAUGCCAAAAAGUGUCAUAGCAUCCUGUGCUGGUGGCAGUGCUUCCACCUCAGCAAUCACAAAUCAUGCUCCUCUGUCAGAGGAGGCUGCGACCCAGGUGGGAUCAGACUGUUACACGGUCAGAUUUGUUGCUGAGCAGGUUUCCCAUCAUCCUCCAGUCUCAGGAUUUUAUGCAGAAUGUGCAGAGAGGAAGAUGUGUGUAAAUGCGCAUGUCUGGACUAAAAGCAAAUUCUUAGGCAUGUCAAUAGGUGUGACAAUGGUUGGAGAAGGUAUCCUUAGUCUGCUGGAGCAUGGAGAAGAUUACACGUUUUCCCUACCCUGUGCCUAUGCGCGGUCCAUUUUGACUGUUCCUUGGGUAGAACUAGGUGGCAAAGUCAGUGUCAACUGUGUAAAAACUGGAUACUCAGCCAGCAUCACUUUUCAUACUAAACCAUUUUAUGGUGGCAAACUGCACCGUGUUACGGCUGAGGUGAAGCACAAUAUUACCAACACUGUGGUGUGCAGAGUGCAAGGGGAAUGGAACAGUAUUCUCGAGUUCACUUACAGCAACGGGGAGACAAAGUAUGUGGACCUGACUAAAUUAACAGUGACAAAGAAAAGAGUAAGGCCUCUGGAGAAGCAGGAUCCCUUUGAAUCCAGACGAUUAUGGAAAAAUGUGACAGAGUCUCUGAGGGAGGCUGACACUGACAAGGCCACAGAGCACAAGCGGGCCCUGGAAGAACGCCAGAGGACUGAAGAACGGUUUCGAACUGAAACAGGCACACCCUGGAAAACCAAGUAUUUUCUUAAAGAGGGGGAUGGCUGGGUUUAUCACAAACCCCUUUGGAAUGUAAUUCCAACACAAGCAGCAGAGUGAUGCACAGCUCAUAAGACUCAAGCAAAUGAGGUCACCUUUGUUACCCCAAACCCUGUCAGACGGGAGUUGUUGCACUGAGUGACCUGCUUCCUGACUGUACAGACUGAAACUAGCUAAAUACGAAUGUACCUACUAGGCACCAUGACACAGCAGCAAGACCAAAGGGCUAAGGAAACACAGUGGGCCUCUCAGCGACCUGGUCAGGUGAUGUGAGCAGUACCAUCUCACAGCCUUUCACUGGAAUCAUCAGAAACAACUUCUAAAGUUGCUCGAAUCCCCUGUUCUGCACAGGGGCAGCAGAUCCACAGCAGUGUGAACUCAGUGACUUUGGUUCCUUUGUAGUGAAAAGCGGUCUCUUUCAGAGUUUGUGUUUUGCUUUCUGUCCAUAGCUGGAAUAUUCACUACUCUUAUAAGCAAACCAGGAGGAAGAAGAACGUGACCUAGAAGUGGAUUCAGCCGUUGUGCCUGAAAUCAGUGUUAACAAAAACAAAUUCCCAGGCUGUAGUUAUAAGGAAUCCUUUUUCCUCAAAAAGACUGUGUGCCUGUGUCUGAGGAACUUGCCCAUUAUUCACCUCUGUUGGAACUCUCUUUUAAAAAUGUAUUUAUAAAUUGAUUAGAGUUAUAACCAUGGAGGAUUUUUUUCUUCUGAGCAUUUUAAUAUACUUGAAAACAACAUUGACUUGAAACAUUUCAGAACAUUUUUCAAUAUCUAGUUUUAUUAAAUAUUACACCUAAGGAACAGUUUUUUAAAAUGUGUUCAUGUCAGUAUGAGAUUUUGGUCUUUCUCAAGAACUAAGGCAUUAAAGAAAAUAGCAAAUAUGAAAGAUGGAACUGUUACUCUUCCCUCCCUCUUCAUUUGUAGGUUCUUACUCAGUAUUAUGUGCUACCUUCUGAGGAAGUUUGCUUUAUUUACCUCUGUUCACUCAAAAAUUAGAACUACUGCCUAUUCAUAUUGAGUAAUUCAAUUAUGUAUGUGACUGCAGAUAAAGUUUGGUUUUUCUUUUCAAGGAAAUCUAAAUGCUGAAGAAAGAGUAUGAAAUAAAAA